GUUGACUUUCCAUUGCAGCUGUGAUUGUUGCUUUUCCAGCCAUUUCCAGAUUUUCCCGAAUCAUUUCUGCGUCGAACCAGUCUAGUAAGGCCAAAUUUGGAGACAAUUUAGCGUCACGUGCAGCUUGUCGGCCUGACGAUCGCACCUUCCUUGUUUAGUACCUCACCUCAGGUACCUUCCCUGAGCUAAGCUCACUGCCAAAUCUUGGAAUCGACUUUCUCGCUUCUCACAUUGUCUCAUAGAACAAACUCACAACACCAUCCGCUCGCUCACGUCUCUUCCCUCCUUUCUCGAUACCCACCGAACUGUACCGGCCAUCCGUCAUCCAAUUCCGCUCAUUUUUUUUCCUCUUUGCCCCUGGAUUGAACUUGCAGAUCCAGGCCACCAGACUCCUCUACCUCAGCUUCUCUCUAUCCCUCUGACGGAAUACAUUCACAAUGCUCGGCUGGUAUCAGGCAAGACUCGCGGCUCGUCCGCUGCUCACGCAGAGCAUCACCACCGCCAUCCUCUUCGCGACCGGUGACAUCACCGCCCAGCAGCUCGUCGAUAAGCGCGGCCUCGAGAAGCACGAAUGGGCCCGCACAGGCCGCAUGGCCCUCUACGGCGGUGUCAUCUUCGGCCCAGUCGCCACAACCUGGUUCAAGUUCCUGCAGAACAACAUUGUCCUCAAGAACAAGAAUGCCGAGAUGCUCGCUCGCGUCGCCGUCGACCAGGGUGUUUUCGCCCCCGUCAUGAUCAGCGUCUUCCUCUCCUCCAUGGCUACGCUUGAGGGUGGCUCGAUCAAGGAAAAGCUCGACAAGAACUACAAGACGGCGCUCACGUCCAACUACAUGCUCUGGCCGUUCGUCCAGGUGGUGAACUUCAAGUUCGUGCCGCUUCACCACCGCGUGCUCUUUGUCAACGUCAUCAGCAUCGGCUGGAACUCGUACCUCAGUUUCUUGAACAGCCAAUAGAUGGCUAUUGGGGACUGGGUAGUAAGAUGAGCUUGAGGUGAUUACCGCCAAUCGAGGGAAGCCGUCUCAAGGAUGACUCGGGGGAACGAGGACUCGCUGUGAUUCCAGCGUCGUUUAGCGAUUUACGGCUUCAGAUUUUGAGCAUUAGAAGCAGGAUAGACGUGAUUGAAGUGAGCAAAAGAUGGUCAUGGGCAUGGCCGGUGGGAAUAUACUACACCAUUCUCCUUAUUGUAUCUGUGCCUAAAGAGUUGCUUCAAAGCAAUGUGAUGAUAAGCCUGCCGGCCAUUGAGGAAUCUGAAGCAUUUACCAGUUCAGGCU